AUGCCGGUUGAUAAUCCCAUCCUGCCCGUCGAGGGCAAGAGGAACAUCCUCAUUACCAGUGCUCUGCCUUACGUCAACAACGUCCCUCAUCUGGGCAACAUUGUGGGCAGUGUUCUGAGUGCCGAUGUCUUCUCGCGAUAUAGCAAGCUUCGCGACCGUCCAACCCUCUACAUUUGCGGAACAGACGAGUACGGCACUGCUACGGAGACGAAAGCGCUGGAGACGGGCCAGACCCCCCAGCAGCUGUGUGACGAGUUCCACGUCAAGCACAAGGAGGUCUAUGACUGGUUUGAGAUUGGAUUCGAUCAUUUCGGCCGCACCACCACCCAAAAGCAGACAGAGAUUGUUCAGGACAUUUUCUUAAAACUACAUGAGAACGGGUUCCUGGAGGAACGUACCACCACGCAGCCGUACUGUGAGAAGCAUGAUGGUUACCUGGCCGAUCGAUUCGUUGAGGGAACUUGCCCCAAGUGUGGCUAUGACGAUGCCAGAGGUGAUCAGUGCGACAAGUGCGGAGGGCUUUUGGACCCCUUUGAGCUGAUCAACCCCCGAUGCAAGGUUGAUGGUGCUCAACCUAUCCCUCGCGACACCAAGCACAUCUUUUUGAAGCUCGACAGGCUUCAGUCCGAUAUCGAGAAAUGGUUUGAGGAGGCGCACAAGAAGUACGGAUGGCCGCAGAACGGCGUUGGCAUUACCCAGUCUUGGUUGACCAAGGGUCUCGAGGGCCGCAGCAUCACCAGAGAUCUGAAGUGGGGUGUCCCGAUCCCGCUGCCCGGGUAUGAGAAGAAGGUCAUCUACGUGUGGUUCGACGCCUGUAUCGGAUACCCCUCAAUCACGGCCAACUACACCGAUGAGUGGGAGAAGUGGUGGAAGAACCCAGACAAUGUUACGCUGUACCAGUUCAUGGGCAAGGACAAUGUGCCCUUCCACACUGUCAUUUUCCCUGGUUCAGAAAUCGGAACCGGCUACAAGUGGACCAUGCUAAACCAUCUGUCGACUACCGAGUACCUCAACUACGAGAACGGCAAGUUCUCCAAGUCGAGAGGUGUCGGCGUGUUCGGCAACCAGGUGAAGGAUAUCGGCAUCUCCCCAUCCGUGUGGAGAUACUACCUCUUGUCAAACCGUCCCGAAUCUGGAGACACUCAGUUUGAGUGGCAGAACUUUGUCCUCGCCAACAACAGUGAGCUGCUCGCCAACUUUGGCAACUUUGUCAACCGCAUUGUCAAGUUUGUCAAUGCCAAAUGCGACGGCACCGUUCCCGAAUUCUCUGCCACCUAUACCGACGACACUUUCGACUUUGCCGGCUGGAUCCUUCGGGUCAACGCCCUCCUGUCCGAGUAUGUCGACCUCAUGGAGAAGGUCCAUAUUCGUGCCGGUGUGAAGAAGCUCAUGGAGAUUAGCACCGAGGGCAACACUUUGCUGCAGUACAGACUGGACAACACCAACUUGGUUGAGAAGCCCGAGAGAACCAAGACUGUGAUUGGCCUCGCCCUCAACCUGUGCCACCUGCUGGCCUCUCUUGCCUCACCGUACAUGCCCUCAACAUCAGAGUCUAUCUGCAAGCAGCUGAACACCACUCUUGCUUUCAUCCCUGACGUCUGGGACCCGGAGAUUCUCAAGACUGGCCACAAGAUUGGCAAAGCUGCCUACCUCUUUACUCGUAUUGACGAGAAGAAGGUUGCCGAAUGGAAGACGGCGUUUGGAGGCAGUGCGGAGUCUCGCGCUGCGGAAGAGGCUGCCAAGAGGAAGAAGCAUGAGGAAAAGGAGAGAAAGAAGGCGAGAAAGGCGGCCAAGGCUGCGGAGGCUACCCAGUCCGCUGCUGGCGAAAACUCGGCGUCAAAGGAGGAGAAGACAGAGGAUGGAGCUGCCGUGCCUCCUGCUGCGGGUGACACAAAGGAUCUGCCUAUCCGGGCCAAGCCUGACGGGCAAUAG